UCAUCAUCUUCUGCCGCCGCUUGAGGAGCUCGGAAAGGGGAGGGGGCUCCCUUCAAGACCCCCCUCCCCUGGUACCGGGGAUGCGCUGACGCUGGAGGGGCCCAAAGCGGGCCGGGAGCGGUGAAGCUUUGGCCGGGCAAAGUGGGGGCUCGUCGGAGGAGACGGCGGGAGGAGGAGGAGGCGGAGGAGGAGACGAAGGCCAGGCGGGCCCGAGGGCCUCAGCAGCAGCAGCAGCAGCAGCCGCCGGGAUGUUGCAGAAUGUGAAUCCCCAGAGCAAGAUUUUGGGCGAAGGCAAUGCCGCCCUCGUGGCCCUGGACUCGGCGGCGCCGGGCAAGCGCAUCCGCAAGCCCUCGCUGCUCUACGAGGGCUUCGAGAGCCCCACGAUGGCGUCGGUGCCGUCGCUGGCGGCGCCGCAGGCGAAUCCUCCUCCCCCCGAGGUGUCGAACCCCAAGAAGCCGGGCAGGGUCACCAACCAGCUCCAGUACCUGCACAAGGUGGUGAUGAAGGCGCUCUGGAAGCAUCAGUUCGCCUGGCCCUUCCGGCAGCCCGUGGACGCCGUCAAGCUCGGCUUGCCGGAUUACCACAAGAUCAUCAAGCAGCCGAUGGACAUGGGAACCAUCAAGAGGAGGUUGGAGAACAAUUAUUACUGGGGGGCGGCCGAGUGCAUGCAGGACUUCAACACCAUGUUCACCAACUGCUACAUCUACAACAAGCCCACGGACGACAUCGUGCUGAUGGCGCAGACGCUGGAGAAGCUUUUCCUGCAGAAAGUGGCUCAGAUGCCCCCGGAGGAGACGGAGCUGCUGCUGCCCCUGGCCAAGAACAGCCACAAGAAAGGGGCAGCCAGGGCUGCAG